ACAAAAGUCAAGCAAAAAUAUAUUAUUGACGAAACUCUAUCCCGUAUUUAUUUCCGCUAUAAACGAUAGCUGGCUAGCCGAAGCAAAACCUCAGUCAUGCGGUGUUAAAUAUCAUACGACGUAUUUAAAUGUUACACGCUUAACCUCACUUAGUGCCGACGUUUGCUUGGCGAUAUGGCAUUUCUCUGAUUCGAAGAUUUCGAGCUCCUAAUCAUGGAUUUGACUUCAACGCAUGCCGUUGUGUUAGACGUCCUCCAAAGGGCGUCCAGUCAAAACCCCGAAAUUUUGAAACCGGCCGAAACCAAGCUGAGAGAAUGGGAAACUCAGCCGGGGUUUUAUAGUAUUUUGUGCAACGUUAUAUCGAACCAUUCGUUGGAUGUGAACGUGAGGUGGAUUGCCGUGCUUUAUAUGAAAAACGGAAUUGAUAAGUACUGGAGGAAGAACGCUCCCAAUGGGAUAGCGGACGACGAGAAACAAGCGAUCCGACAAAAUUUACUAUCAGAUUUCGUAGAACCUAUUAACCAAAUAGCGGUGCAGAGGGCGGUGUUGAUAUCGAAAGUCGCUCGACUGGACUGCCCCAAAGACUGGCCCGAACUCUUUCCCACACUGCUACACGCGGUGGAAAGUUCCGACGCUGUCAUCCAGCACCGGGCGCUCCUAACCCUGCACCACGUGGUCAAAGCGAUCGCCUCAAAACGUCUGGCAGGGGAUAGGAAACAAUUUCAGGAUUUCACUAGUAAUAUAUUCGUCUAUAUUUUGAACUUGUGGAACAAUCUGACUCAGGGAUUCAUCGAGGGCAUCAUGCAAGGCGCGAACAGAGACGUGGUGGUGAUCAACUUGGAAAAAGCUUUGCUAACGUUGCGGAUCCUUAGAAAGUUGGCGGUUUUCGGGUAUUACAAACCGCAUUUGAGCCAAGACUGUAUGAACUUUUUGAAAAUGAUUUUCGAGAAAUGUAAAACCGUUUUGCACUGUCGCAAAGAAAUUUCGGGGAAGGGCCUCUACCCGGUCGAACUGUGCGAGAAAUUCGUAGUUCAUCUAACCAAAGUGCUGCUCUCGAUGUUAGACACGCAUCCCUUCUCUUACGUCAACCUCAUACAGCCGACGUUAGAGUUCACGGUGUUUUAUCUGUUCACGGACGAGGGAAUCACGUUUCUUUUCGAAAGAUUCGUGAUACAGUGUUUCAAUCUGAUAAAAAGUAUACUGCUGUGUGCCGAAUAUCGCGCCCCCAAAUUCGCUGAAAUGUCAAAGUCGCCGGAUACGUUGAAAGCUCAUUCGAUAAAACAGGCCUUUUUUCAACCCCAAACGAUCCAAGAUAUUACCAGGAAAUUGAUAGGACACUAUUUCAUAUUGACCCAGGACGAGUUGGAUAUGUGGGAUGCAGAUCCCGAAGGGUUUUCCAUCGACGAGAGCGGAGACAGUUGGAAAUACAGUCUUAGGCCGAGCAUGGACAACGUGUUCAUGACGAUAGUGCACGAAUACAAAGAGGUCGCGACCCCGGUCAUAGUGGACCUCAUCGCGGAAACGAACGUCAUCGUCUCGCCCGACGACCUGCCUCAGAUCCUGCGUAAAGACGCCAUCUACAACGCGGCAGGUCUGUGCGCGUGUGACUUAUACGACGAGGUCGACUUCGACGGCUGGUUCCAAAAUACCCUCGUGCAGGAGUUGAAAAUCAAACACAACAACUACAGGAUAAUCAGACGCCGCGUCAUAUCCCUGAUCGGUAACUGGACGGUUAUCAAAAUGUCGACCGAACUAAGGCCCAUCCUCUACGAGUGCGCCAUAGACCUUUUGAAGCCCGACGAGGACAUGGCGGUGAGACUGACGGCCGCCGCGACGCUCAGACACGCGAUAGACGACUUCGAAUUCAGCUGUGAUCAGUUUAAGGACUAUAUGUUCUCCAGCUUCACGUCGCUGUUCAAUUUGCUGAAAGAGGCGUCCGAAUGCGAGACAAAAAUGCAGACUUUGAACGUGAUGACGCUGCUGCUCGAGCGGAUGGGCAACAGCGUGCUGCCUCAUUCGGAAGCGCUCAUUCAGUAUUUGCCUCAUUUGUGGCAGGAAUCGGAAGAGCACAACAUGCUAAGGUGCGCGAUCGUCGCGACCCUCGUGCAACUGGUCAAGGCGAUGGGAGGGGUCCCGCAGGAACUGGCCCCGUUUCUGUUGCCCAUCAUCAGGCUGGGCACCGACACGAACCAGGGCGCGAUAGUGUACCUGCUAGAGGACUCGCUGGAUCUGUGGCUCGCCGUUUUGGAGUAUUCGCCGUCGAUGACGAACGAUUUUAUGCAAUUGUUCAACAAUAUGCCGACCCUUUUAGACUACUCGACGGAGAACCUUCGUGCCUGCCUGUACAUAUGCCUGGUCCACCUGCUGCUCGCGCCCGAACUAGUGAUGAGGAGUCAGGGUACCCAAAUCAUCACCGUGUGCGACAGCCUGAUGAGCGACUUGAAAAACGAAGGGGUCAUGAUGAUUAUGCGACUGAUCGACACUUUUAUCAGGGCGAUACCGGUGUUAGGCGCGGAAACUGUUCUGCCCAUUUUGCCUCGAAUACUAAAGAGAGUGUAUGCCGCCAACGAAUACCCUUUGGUUAUGUCGACGUUCCUAAGUAUCCUAUCAAGGGUGUUGCUGUCUUCCCACGAGGUGUUUAGCCGGGCGCUUUCCAAGCUGGCGGAAUUGCAAAACGAAAGUGACCAAGUGACCUUGUCGAAAGUUUUAGACUCUUGGCUCGAAAAAAUGCCCAACGUGGCGCAACCCGAUCAAAGGAAACUUUUAGCCCUGGCCUUGACGAACCUGUUGACCACACGAAGCAACACGGUCUUGGAAAGGUUCAAUCUCGUUAUGGUCAAUAUUACGGAAGCGUUGAACGAUAUCACCAAGACGGAGGACAACGGAACGACGGUCGAUUCCCUCGUUCUGGUCGAGGGGCAGAGCCCGAGCCAUUUCGAGGACGAGCUCACGUACUACGACACCGACCACAACCAGAGAAAGAAACAGUUGAUUUUGUCGGAUCCCGUGCACACUAUCGUCUUGAAGGAUUAUUUGCAGUCGCAGAUAUUCGAAUUGAAGAGCCAAAUGGGACCCCAUUACGAGCAAUUGAUGAAUACGCUGGACGGCGACGUCAUAUUGCAGCUAAAAGAUUACAUAACGUUUUAGAAGAUUUUAGAGAAGAGACCUUUUCUUUUUUUUAAUUUGUUAUAUUUUUGUAUUAUGUAUUAUGUUGAUUACGAUGUGAUGUUUUAAAUGAAUAAUUAUGAAUGCGUUUUAAAUUAUUUAAUUUAGGAGCUAUACCUACGGAUAAAUACGAAAAAUACGUUAA